AUGACCAAUCUGCCCCUUCUCACCCGAAAAGAGGUGGAGAGCCACAACACCAAGAGCUCGUGCUACGUGACCGUCGACAACCUCAAGGUCUACGAUGUGUCUUCUUUCCUGGAGGAGCACCCCGGAGGAGGAGACCUGAUUGUGGAUUUUGCCGGUAAAGACGUGACGGAGAUUAUGGGCGACCUGGUGUCCCACGAGCACUCGGAGGCUGCCUACGAGAUGCUGGACGAGCUCUAUCUGGUGGGAAUUCUCGCUACCCCCGAACAGGAGGCCAAGUUGCUCACCAGAGAAAACCGACACGACUUCAAGCUGGAAAAGAACGCCGAAGACGAACUCACUGUCACCACUGACUUCACCCGAGACUACAAGACCAACCAGUUCCUGGACCUCAACAAACCCCUGCUGAUGCAGGUGCUGCGCGCCAAGUGGACCAAGGAGUUCUACCUGGAACAGGUCCACAAGCCCCGACAUUACGGCAACGGAAGUGCGCCCAUCUUCGGAAACAUCCUCGAGCCUCUCUCCAAGACCCCCUGGUUCGUCGUUCCCUGUCUGUGGAUCCCCGUCGACCUCUACUGCAUCUACCUGUCCGCCCAGGGACUGCCGUUCUACUGCAUCAUCCCCAUGUUUGCCUUUGGUCUGUUUGUGUGGACCUUCAUCGAGUACGGACUCCACCGGUUCGCCUUCCACCUCGAUGACCACCUCCCCCGAUACCAGGUUGCGUACGCACUCCAUUUCCUGCUCCAUGGCGUCCACCACUACCUCCCCAUGGACAAGAUGCGACUGGUUCUUCCCCCCACUCUGGGCGUCAUUCUCAUCACCCCCUUCUACUUUCUUGCAUUUGCUCUCUUCCCUUACUACUGGGCCUAUGCUGGCUUUGCAGGUGCCUUCCUGGGCUACAUCAUGUACGACUGCACACACUACUUUUUGCACCACAUGAACCUGCCUCCUUAUUUUAAGGCCCUCAAGAAGUACCAUCUGGACCACCACUACAAGAACUACGAGCUUGGAUUCGGAGUCACCAGUUCUUUCUGGGACAAGGUGUUCAACACCGAGUUGGUUGAGACCAGUGUGAAGAGCAAGGGCUUGUAA